GCUACGGUCGUUGCCGCUGCCGCCGCACAAUCAGCGGCUAACAUAGCUGUUUUGCCCCACCGACAAUUGAGCAAAGAUACGUCAGUGCUUUCUGAAGCACUCGUUCUGUUUAAGCCACGUCGUAAUCGCGACGCCAGUAGCAUAAUUUAGUAUCAUAACGCUCAUCUAUUUGCACUGCGCAAAUGAUACGAGCAAGAUUUACUGGCGUAGCUGUACAAGCUGUGAAAAAGCUGCUUUUUUAUCUAAGAUGUGCUAAUCGUCUGUUUGCAGUUUCGGACAGGAAAAACCAGUGAGAAAGCAGUGAAAACGUACAUCGCAACGACAGCAACAACAUAAAAAAAACUUAAAAAAAAUGCGCACUUCCGAUAAGGCGGCCGUCACGGCCGCCUGAGGCAGUCGACUGUUGCACCUCGGAGGGGGAGACGAGGUGAAGUGCUCGAAAUCUUAUAAAUUCGUAGUUGCGGUUGUUUGACGUCGGCCUAACUCUUGUUGUUGAUGUUCCUUAUAAUGUGGUGUGUGCCACAAUACCAACAGAAUUUUCCUCUUUACCUUUUGGGUAUUUGAGCACAGCCGUACGAGGGCACGAAGGAGUGGUGUUCUACAUCUAGGCGUAGGGAAAAAUCGUGAUCUAGUAAUCUACGUUGUUAUUUCAUCAUAACUAUUAGUAGCUAGAGAACUUGACCUGUGCUAUCUUGAAGAUGUGGAAUCUCGUUAGGAUACCAGGAGCUGCUGAAAAACGCGUGGUUCAAUCACCCGAAGUAUGUCGCAAUUUUAUGCACGGACGGUGUCAGUUUGGAUUGAAGUGUCGAUAUUUACAUCCGGGGAAGGGGGGCAUCGAUGAACGCGAGCAAAGGGACCUGAGGGAUUCCCGCGAUCCGUUGGUAACAGCUCGAGGUGAACGGAGAGAACGUCACCCUCCAGGUGGUCACGGCUAUCAGCAGCAUCAUGGCCAUUCGCGCAAGCAUAAAAGACCGCACGCUGGACCGGAACUCUCGCCACCCCCGGAGGCCGAUAUAAGCGAGCCCGGACACGUACGGAGAAAGCACCGACGCCACAAGAAAAGUCGCCAUCGUAGCCCAACAACCGACGAUAAUGAGCUCAAGGUUCUCAAGUCCAAGAAACGACUCAGGUCGCCCGAAGAAGGCAUGGUAUCUGACGAUGGCUCGGAGCUUGAAGAAGGCCAAACAGUAGACGGCGAUGAUCUUGAGAGGAAGCGCCUUCAGCUGCAGAGGCAGCUGGACCUCUUGCAGAACAGAGAUAAUAUCGCUGGGACGGCUACAAUCGGCGUUGGGCCUGAUGCUCACCGAAGGGGAAAUUCCUCUUCAUCGUCUUCGUCUUCAUCGGGCUCCUCUUCGUCGAGUGGCAGCGGAUCGGGCAGUGAAAGCGAAAGGGAGGCCCGCGACGAUACGCGCGAACGGAGACGAAGACGACGCAGGAGGAGUUCAUAUGGAGGACCCUCUAUUUCCAUAGGGGGAAACAGUGCUGUGCCACCCGAUAUAGCUCCGCACAGGAUGCACAGGAGACAGGUGUCACCACCCGGAGGAAUGAAUGGGGUUCACAGUGGGCGUGGUGGUCGAUCACUUUCACCCCCGUACGGGGGUCAUGGAGGCUCGAUGACUAACUACAGGAGCACAAGGGGACAGCAACACCCAGACCAUGAAUUUCGAGGCAGGGGCAGACAGGGACAAACAGCAGGACUGUACGUCACAGGACCACCAUCUGCUGGAUUUCGAUCUCCUUCCCCUGUUGGGAUGCCUGUACAUGCUGCCUCAGGUCGGGGGCCCCUCGGUAGACAUGGCAUGGGUCCACCCGGGGCUCAUUUUGGCCGAAGGACGCACCCCCAUCAUGGAGGGCAUCAUGGGCCAUCAGGCGGACAUUUCAUAGGAGGCGACGGUGCCCCUGGCCGAGGCCCCUUCCGAUCAGUUAGCCCCGAUCAUCAUCGAGAUGAGACUCAUGAGAAUAGAACGUCCUUCAGUGGAGGACGUGAUAACAUUAAAGGAGAUUCAGAUGGAGGAGAAGACGAUGACGAGACUGCUGUGCCCGCUGCCCGCCGAAAACGAGCAAGUACAGAAGGUACGGCAGAGCGCGAAGGUGAAGAUUCAUCAAAUGAUGAAAGCAUUUCAAGCGUGCUCGUCGAAGAAGCUCACAUGGGCGAGGAUGAUGGUGAUGACCAACCCUCAGAGGAAGCCAGUGCAGGAUCAAAGGAAAACGAAGCUGGCGUUACUGAGGCGAGUUCCGGUGGAAGUAAAAAUGUUGCUGAGGCUAGCAAUGCAGAAAAAGGACACGCUGAAAAAGCGGAUACUGCUAGCACAACGGAAGAGCACGAUAGCAAAACAAAAUCACCAGCGUUAUGCGACGAGAUUGAGAAGAAUGAUAUCGAUAGCGGUGACGAAGCAGAAAAGGAGCAAUUUUCCGACUGGAGUUCUGAGGAGGAUGGCCUCCUGGUUAAAGAGAUGGAUCGAGAAGAAAAGAAGUCUCAAUUUUCCGAUGGCCAUUCAAAGGACGAAGGCCUCGAGGACACUAGCGAUAUUGAAAAUGAACUACUGGUAGGAGAUAGCGAAAGCACUGCAAAAGAUAACAAAGCUGAUACAAGUGACAAACGCAUCUCAGACGACGGCGGCGACGAAACGUUCGAAGAGAUGACGACCGGUGAUGAGGCGUCAACGCUCGGAAUCGGCAGAAAACGAGGCGGACUUCUAGAGGAAGCCGAAGCAAUUUCAGAUGACGAUCUGGAGGCUUUGAUCGAGGAGGAUAAUGAGCCAAUGGCCGAGUCGUCCGAGGAGAGUGGUGGCGGGGGUGCGGAACAGCGUAGGAAGCAGUUCCAACCAGCGCCAAUUUACGAUGCUCUUGAGAUUGACUGGGAGUCGUUGGUUAAGAAGACUCCACAUGCAGGCCACACAAGUCAGGGUGACCCUACGGAUCAGAGCGGUCCUGGUCAGGAACACAACGAAACGGCAUUUCGAUCCACUGGAGCUCGUUCACACUGGCGUGCUCAUGCCGUUUUAUUACGCAUCGGUUUAUCGUACGAUCUUUGUGGUAGAGCGCUGGCGGAACAAGUAGAACGAGCUUUGCCUCCGGGUGCAGCUAUGCAGAGCACCGUGGCCGGCCUUCACGUCGCGUUGAGUCGGGAAGCCGCUCAGUUGCGCGACGCCCUCGAGCGCGCUGGAGGGCCAUACGCUCGGGCGUUCAGUGCACGCAGGGACCUGAUGCUUAGAAAACGACUAGCUGCGGUGAAGGAAUCUGUUCCUGAAGAGCGCGGUGUGGUAUUUGAUCAUGCUGUUCAAAUCUUUCAUCAGACUGUUACGGGGAAGCAGUGAGGCCUCAGCGAGUAUGGGUAUAAAUCGAGAGGCGCUGGAGCGAUAACUUCCACGAAGUACAUGUCGGUGAUACGGAAAUAUUUUCUAUAAAACUACUAGAAAACUCUGUGAGACGCUUAUGGAGGACCUGACUUUAAAGUAAAUCGAGCCAGUGUUUCAAUCAGCGUCUGAACUAAACAACCGGCAUUUUCCUUCGCAUAGCAGGUCUCCAUAUGAAAAAUAAAACGCAGGAUGUUUUAGUGUAUCUUUGAUGAGAUAGUGGUAGAAUUCGACGAUAGAUCAUCUUAAUGUGUGAAGGAAACAUGUGUAGACAUUGUCUCUACACCUACACACACACAUAUAUUUAUAGAGAUGAGAAUAGAGUGCUAGAUAUGUGGUUACCCUUUAUAAAGGGUACAAUUUUCUUUGUCCGAAAACUAUAAUAAUACCCAUUGGGUCGUGUCAAAAGUCGGUUUCUCGAAAAACGAAAUACUGUCUGGUAUUGUUCUUAAUCUUUUUUGAUAAUACCUGUCUUAUUUAGACUACUGAAGGCACUAGUAAAAUGAGCCUAUGAAUGCAACAAUAUUAGGAUUAGCAUUUGAAAACUCAAAUUAAAUUUAUUUUUAAUGGACACAUAAGUACAACAAUUUUAUGUUUGCCAUUCACCGAUGCGCUUUACACAGUAAGUCCAGCUAUUUUAUCCUCAUCGUUAUUUUCAUACGGCUUCAGAUUUUUUUGGAGCUCUGGAAUCUAUCUUACUCGCCGCAUAGAUAUGUCAGUCAGACUUUAUCUGGGCAUUAGUGGGCAAUGAGCCCAACCAAACAGCUCCCGUGGUUUAAUUUUUUUCAUCAUGUCUUUUCAAUUUCAUUGUUCUAUA